AUGGCUACCACAGCCGCUGACAACCAGGGAACGUCGCUCGAUAUUCGCGUCGAAGAUUUCCUGGACGAUAAGCUUCAGUCGACUACAGAUCUCGAAAAUCUCGAUACUCUUCUUGCAAAUGUUGAGCUCCAACGCAACCAGUUGCAAUCGCAGCUAGAUACAGCUGUCAAAGAGCUUGAAGAGACUCGACGCACUGCUGAUGAUCGCCAAGGAUCGCUCGCUGCUCGUAUAGAGGAGUUUCAGAAGCUCCAGGAGAGCAUUGAUAUCCGUGCUCAGAUAUACGCUGCCUCAGAUGCUCCUGACCAGGCUAUUGAGCGCCUCAAGUCGCCUAUGAACAAGAUCAAGUCGGUUGAGCGAGCUCAAAGCUACCUGAUUCUCCUGCAGGACGCCGAAAAGUUCCGGUCUGAGUCGAGAUCUUUUCUUCCUCGCGAUCCCAAAGCCGCCUUAGAGCCAUAUAUCAAGUUGAAGCAGCAUGUACUCAAAUUACAAGGCCUACCAGGCCAAGACGGUCUACAUCUUGUCGACUAUACCGAAAGGUUGGCAAGCUCCCUUUGGGACGAGAUCAAGUCCACUAUGUCUGGAGAGCUCGAGACGGUUCUCAAGGAAAGAAAGUGGCCAAAGGUUGAUGCCCAACUGCAGAUGGACGAAGAAUGGAUCAACUGCAUCGAAAAGCUCAUCGAUCUUCAGAAGUCAGAGAUAGCGCACACCGACAAGCUGGUUACGUUACUGCCUUUUGAGAUAAUGGCCUCGAUUUUUGUCUCCGAGUUCCGAUUCCACUUCCUCAGCGACAAGCCUACGAGCGGCCCGCAAGCAUUCGGGACACAUUGUCUUCCCUGGUUUGUCGCCCUUGUUGAGAGAUGGGAGGACUUCUUCCGGGAUAACCUUGGUUAUCUACUCGCAGAGAAGUUUCAGGAUACCGCCGUGGCGACCAACUUGGCUUAUAUCGAUCCCGUUUCCGCGCUAAUCACCUCCUUACUGCCGGUUUUGAGAGAGAAGACCUCGCUAGUCGCGUUCGAGGCCGUUAAGAACCCUUCCUUCUUGAGUAGUUUCAUGUCACAGCUUAUGGUAUUUGAUGACAAUAUUCGCUACAAGUUCAGCUAUGACGGCGGCGACGCUGGAAAUGGAUGGUCUGGUUUGACGGCGCAUAUACUGGACGACCAUUUUGAUACAUGGUUCAAGGCUGAAAAAGACUUCGCUCUCGAGAGAUACCAUACCAUUAUAGAAUCACAGGACGCCCGAAACAUCGACUAUGACUAUGCGCUUCAAGGCAAGAUGAAGCCAACAUAUGCUGCCGUACGCGUCACUGAUCUUCUACGAUCUAUAACCAGUCAGUACGAGAGGGUUCGCACUUUCAAGCACAAGAUUCGCUUCUUGAUUGGUAUUCAGCUAGAAAUUCUAGAUGGUUAUCAUGAUCGUCUCAGAGAUGCACUGCAAGCUUACCAAAGCAUGUCUACUACCUUUGGCCGCACAUUAGCUGCGAACAAGGAGGACCUUGCUGUCCUUGAGGGCACAGGUGCUUUUGAAGUACUCUGCAAAGUCAUCGGCAGCGCGGAUCAUAUUGUCAACACGUUGAAAGAUUGGAGCAAUGAAGAGUUCUUCGUUUACCUAUGGGAUGAACUCCAAACUCGAGCUCUUCAUAGAGCCAGCCAAGGAAACAACAUUACCAGUACUAUGAGCUAUGACGAUGUCAAGGACCGCACUUCCGCAGCAGUAGGACAGAAACGUGAGGACGGUGCUCUCUUUGAUGAGACUGCUGCUGCAUACAGCAUGCGACGCAAGGCUGCCCAAGAACUCCUUGUCGGUGCUCUUGUUGAGUCUCAUAACAAGGCCUUCCGCGCAUAUACAGCCCGCGUCCAAUGGACGACUGUUGGCGAGACAGCUAUCGUUGAUGAGCUUGCCAUUACCCCAGAACUCGACGAGCCACUUCGUAUACUCCAGCGAAACUUUGACUUCCUCGUCAAAGCUCUUUCCACUGCCGCCUUCCGUCGUGUCUGGCGUGAAGCCCUCAUCAAGCUUCAAGACCAUCUCUGGCAAACGGUCCUCAUGCGCCAAUCUUUUACCACUUAUGGCGCAACCCAAUUCCGUCGCGAUGGUGUUGCAUUGGUCGCCGUCGUUGAACGUUAUAUUCCCAAUGGCUCGUCUGUUCUGGACAGUCUGACUGAGGGAAUGCAACUUCUAAGUUUGCCGGUGGAAAUUGGUGAAGUAGGUGGCUUAACCCUUAAGGAAGCGAGUGAUCGAGUGUUCACGGAUAACGAGGAGGCUCGUAAGGUGUUGGAAGAACUUAAUCUAGAGGAGCUGUCCCCACAGAGCGCAAGGAAUAUUCUUCAGCGUCGUGUGGAGAAUAACGAGAACGUCGGGUGGUAA